UUUCAAAAAAUGCCGAAAAGUUGCCCGACAUGCGCUUCAUGACAAAAUGUGUUUUUCCCCCCAACUGACAUGACUCAACUUUUCCUGUUUGAGGUCAUUUGGGAUAAGCAAAAUGAGGGAAGGGAAGGUGUAAGAAUGUGGGCGUGUCUGCUUUUCUUUCUGGCCUCGUGCUCGCCUGGCGGCCUGGCUCAGACAACGCGGGCCCCGCCCACGGCCGCCACCCCUGGCCCAUCCCCGUCAUCGUCCCCGCAGAAGGCGAAGGUCCGACUGGCCGGGUUCCCGCGCAAGCACAACGAAGGUCGUGUGGAGCUCUUCUACAAGGGCGAGUGGGGCACCGUUUGCGACGACGACUUCUCCAUCGCCAACGCCCACGUGCUGUGCCGGCAGCUGGGAUUUGUGGAGGCCACCGGAUGGACGCAUAGCGCCAAAUACGGCAAGGGCCAAGGUAAGAUCUGGCUGGACAAUGUGCAGUGCGGCGGCAGCGAGCAAAACAUCGGCAUGUGCAAAUCGCGCGGCUGGGGCAACAGCGACUGCACACACGACGAGGAUGCCGGCGUGAUCUGCAAAGACGAGCGGAUUCCAGGAUUCGUCCAAACCAACGACAUCCGGGACGGGGACGAGGACAAGCUGGAAGAGGUGCGUCUGCGUCCGGUGGUGGCGGCGGCCAAGAAGCGGCUCCCCGUCACCGAAGGCAUCCUGGAAGUCAAGCGCGAGGACGGCUGGGCACAGGUGUGCGACCUGGGGUGGACGGCCAAAAACACUCGCGUGGUUUGCGGCAUGCUGGGGUUCCCUCAGGAGAGGAAGGUCAACAACAACUUUUACAGGUUGUUCAUGGAGCGUCAGAAGAAGGUGUACCGCGUGCAUUCGGUGGCGUGCACGGGCACCGAGGUCCACCUUGGCGCCUGCCGGUUGGACUUCAAGGCUCCCAAUGGCAGUGUGCCCUGCCGGGGCGGCUCGCCCGUUGUUUUGGGGUGCGUGCCCGGACCGCUCUUCGCGCGGGACGGCAAAAAGAAAAGCAAAAUUCCGGGCAACGUGAGGCUGAAGGGCGGAGCCUAUCGUGGCGAAGGCCGCGUGGAGGUGCUGAAGGGCAGCGAGUGGGGCAGCGUGUGCGACGACCGAUGGAAUCUGCAGUCGGCCAGCGUGGUGUGCAGAGAGCUGGGUUUCGGCAGCGCCAAGGAGGCCAUGACAGGGGGGCGCAUGGGACAAGGAGUGGGUCCCAUCUACAUGAACGAGGUGAAGUGUUCGGGCCACGAGCGUUCCAUCUGGAACUGUCCCUUCAAGAACAUCACGUCGGAGGACUGCCAGCACACGGAGGACGCCGCCGUGCGCUGCAACGUCCCCUACAUGGGCCUGGACAACGCGAUCCGCCUGGGAGGGGGCCGCAGCCGCGCCGAGGGUCGAGUGGAGGUCCCGGACGGCGCGGGAGGCUGGGGCCUGAUAUGCGGCGAGACCUGGACCACGAGGGAGGCUAUCGUGGCCUGCAGGCAGCUGGGCCUGGGCUACGCUAACCAAGCUAACCAAAUCCGGCUCGCGGGCGGUCGCACCUCGUACGAGGGCCGGGUGGAGGUUCGGGUGGGCGCCAAGUGGGGUACGCUCUGCAGCGCGGGCUGGGGCACCCGCCAAGCCAUGGUGGCGUGCAGGCAGCUGGGCCUGGGCUACGCCAUGCACGCCGUCACCGAAACAUGGUACUGGGACACCAGCAACGUGACGGAGAUGGUUUGGAGCGGCGUUAAGUGCAACGGAAACGAGAUGUCGCUGGCGCAGUGCCAGAGACACAAGACGCUGACUUGCCAGAAGGCCGCCGCCAAGUUCGCCGCCGGUGUCAUCUGCUCAGAGACGGCGUCCGACCUGGUCCUGAACGCGACACUGGUGCAGCAGUCGGUCUACAUCGAGGACCGGCCCCUGCACAUGCUGUACUGCGCGGCAGAGGAGGACUGCUUGUCCAAGUCAGCCGCCGGGGCCAACUGGCCGUACGGUCACCGUCGCUUGCUGCGCUUUUCCUCGCAGAUCCACAACGUCGGGCGCGCGGACUUCAAGCCCAAAGCCGGACGCCACUCCUGGCUGUGGCAUGCCUGUCACGGGCACUACCACAGUAUGGAUAUUUUCACCCACUAUGAUCUCCUCAACGCUAACGGAAGCAAAGUGGCCGAAGGGCACAAGGCCAGUUUCUGUUUGGAGGAUUCCGACUGCCAGGAAGGUGUUUCCAAGCGCUACGAGUGCGCCAACUUUGGCGACCAGGGGAUCACGGUGGGCUGCUGGGACAUGUACCGUCACGACAUCGACUGCCAGUGGAUCGACAUCACCGACGUCAAACCGGGAAACUACAUCAUGCAGGUGGUAAUCAACCCAAACCAGGAAGUGGCCGAGAGCGACUUCACCAACAACGCCAUGAAGUGCAACUGCAAGUAUGACGGCCACCGGAUCUGGUUCCACAACUGCCACGUCGGUGACGCCUUCAGCGAGGAGGCGGAGAGAAGGUUCGAGAAGUACCCGGGACAGCUCAGCAACCACAUUUCUUAAUCCCAAAGGACGUCUCGCUCCCUUUUCGUGCGCGAUCGUCACGUUUUUUGCCGCAUUGGGAAAAUGUCUGCUUUUAGAAAUCCUUUUAUUUUCAGUUAUUCUGGUGAAUGUAUUUAUUACCUGGGAAAGGUGCUCAAAAAUCCCAGAAUUAUUUUGUGAGUUGCUAUGCUGGUUUUGACUUGUAGGAUUUUAAAGAAAAAUAAAUGGUGCUAUACGUACAACUAAAAAAGUUUGCCCCCCCCCCCCACACACACACACAACACGAUUAAAAAAAAAAAAAAAUCAGUCUGCCCAGUUCAAAUCAUUUGGAUGUCUAUCAUUGUCAACGGCAGAGGGCUGUAACAGCACAACAAACCUAAUACAGGUAGUCCCCGUGUUACAACGUACCCGACUUACGUGAUUUUGACUUUACGACGCUAGAGUCUCGUCCACCAUUUUGUCUCCAGUCAUUUAAAAAAAUAAUAAUAAUAAUAAUAAAGCCGUGUAACAGUGUGGAGUGUGUGUUUGAUAGGGAUGCAACGAUACAGUUAAGUCACGGUUCAGUACGAUUUUUGAUACGAGGGGCACG